AUGACUGAGGAGAUUUUAAGUAUCUCAUCGAAUCAAGACAACACGUGUUUUGCUCUCGGGACUUCUGACGGCUUUUCUGUUUAUGGUAUCGAGCACAUGCGUCUUAAAGAGCGCUUCAAGCGGACAUUCUCUGGUGGUUUAAAGAUCGUUGAAUUGCUAUAUAAGACCAAUUUAUUACUUCUUGUUGGGGGUGGAUCGAAUCCAGCCUUCCCUCCAACAAAAUUGAUUAUUUGGGAUGAUUACCAGAACAAAGCGAUAUCGGAGUUAGACCACGACUCGGAGAUCAUCUCCGCGAAGUUUCGGAAAGACAUCAUAAUAGUAGUCCUCGCAAAUAAAGUGCUAGUCUAUGACUUUAAAAAUUUGAAUCACAAAGAAGUCUUCAAGACGUGUCCAAACCCCAAAGGUAUCAUCGCGGUGUCAUACUUGGAGACUAAAAUCGUCGCAUUUCCCUCCGUCGAAGAGGGCAAAGUCGUCAUCGCUGACUUAGAGAAAGAGACGUCGACUACUAUCGAAGUCCACAAACAUGAGAUCUCAUUAAUGGCGUUGUCACUAGACGGGACGUUGCUUGCAACGACGAGUUCCGAGGGUACACUCAUUCGUGUGUGGCGGAUCGAGACGGGUGACAAAGUGAAAGAGUUUCGACGAGGGAAGAGUGUUGCUACCAUCUAUUCUCUCUCCUUCUCUUGUGAUAGUAAAUUUAUAGUAAUUAAUAGUAACAGAGGAACUAUACAUAUCUUUGCAUUGACCAAUGAUUCUGAAGCCCAAAAUCGGAUGUCUUGGGUGAGUAAUAUCAUCCCUGGGUUUGGUGGUGUCUAUUCGUGUUGUAGUAGUCCCGUCACUCCUGAGAUAUAUACCCAUGUCUUCUUCUCACAAGACGAUAUCAAGGACAAAUAUAAUAUCAUUGGAAUAACUCUUGAAGGUGUUGUGAUGCGGUUUCAUCUCGAGAAAAAGGGAGGAAAGACUGAUAUAGUGAGUGAGGAGUGUACCUCCGUCUUCUAA